UCGUAUACCGCGACUGCGCUUGUUAUCGCGCAAUAUGUUCAUUACAUGUUAAGCCAUCGGGCCGCUUUAGUUAUCCACCUGCUGACACACCGAAUACAGCUCCUAUUUUCUCAUUAGCAUCACUGCCAUUCUUCGCACGACACCCGCCGCGAUCGUGAACAUGAUGCGAAUGCGUUGCUAAACCGAAGCCGUAUUAAAAAAGUGUCUGGUGACACUUAACAAUUUUUCAUGUUUUUUAUAAAUUAAUAAAGUGUAAAUUACAUUAUAUAUCUAAAAAUAUAUUUUUAUUGAACUACUUGUUUUUACUAAUUUUUUAACAAUCAUCAACGCCGAUAUCUGUUUUUGGCAUCAUCAUGUUUCCCGCAACAGGAAUAACAGCGCGACAACGUCUGUUAAUCGUAUUGUUUUGCGUACACGCGCAUUUUUCGUAUGGUUUCACGAGGGAGGACGACAUUUGUUACUGGCAUCAUCCACAUGUCAACGACCAUCCCGAAUGCGGCUUUGUGAAGAGUCGGCAACGACUCGUUUGUUUCAACGGUCUGAAAGAUGAAUGGAAGGCGCGGGCUGACAGUGUGCAAGUACUUAUUCUUUGCGAAUGGCCGAAAGCAACGUUCGACCCGCAAGUGGUUCUACAGGGAUUUACGUUCCUGAGAAAGUUAAUGAUCGCGAACAGUAACUUGACUCGAUUGUCAACCGCAUUCCCGAAAGAGGUGGAAUUUCUCGAGAAAAUCAAUGUGACCGGCACCAAGCUACGCACCCUUCCGAAAGAUGCGUUCUCUAAUCUACGGGCUUUGAGAUGCCUCGACUUAAGGAACAAUGCUCUCGAAGAGAUCGACAUUACGAUCUUUAACGUGCCUACGUUAAAGCAUAUCCACUUAACUGGUAAUCCAUUGAGAUGUACGGAGGAUACAGCGUGGAUUUUGGACUUCAGCGAAGGAUCAGCCGCGAGCAAAGUCGUCGACAAAGACAAAUUACUUUGUGCCACGCCAUAUGAUGGAAGACCGCUUGUCCCGGUCGUCGAGAUAAUCACCUUAAGGGAGGAGUGCAAGCGCACAGUCUGCGACUGCGAACUGGUUUACGUGGUUGUACGCGUGGAUAAACUUACGCAGAAGCAAGUUAUACCUUUUACUUCGGUUAACUGUAGCCACCGCGGCUUAACCGAAAUGCCCAGCUUCUUACCCGCAAAUACAACGACUCUUCGUUUAACUGGAAACAAGAUCACGGAUCUAAGUCCGCUCACAACGAAUCUCGCCUACAAAUGGGUACUGGAUCUUUACAUGGACGAUAAUCUGGUGGAAUCUAUCGUUCGAUUGGAAGGAUCAGACUGGCUAGACCGUUUCCGACUCCUUAAUCUUCGAGGGAAUAAACUUAUUGACUUGCCUACCUACGCUCUGGAAAACGCAUUGCUGCACAACGUCAAUGUAGCCGGCCUGUAUCUCGGCAAUAAUUCGUGGACAUGCGACUGCCACUUUACACCGGGCUUUCAAGAUCUCCUGAUCAGACACUCAAAUUUGAUGAAAGAUAUCAAUGACAUAAGAUGUGCAUUUACAAAUGACAAUGAUAAUUCAAAUAAGCAGAUUCGCCAUCUUACGCGAACGGAGAUCUGCAUUUCACCGGACGAAGAUCCUUGGCUCCAUCCUCUUGACGUUUUGAACAUCGUAUUGGCGUCAUUAAUAUUCCUCGUGCUUGGCAAGCUUUUGUACGAUUAUUGGUCUUUUAAGAAAAGUGGAAGGCUACCUUGGAUCGUCUCCAAAAUACCAUGAUAGGGAUACAAGUACAUCCUUUAUCUCUUGUGGAAAUGUGAAUCAAGUAUAUUGAGUGUAAGUCACUAGGAUAAUGUUGAAGAUUGUACUAAAAAACUUAUAUGUAUCCAUAUUUAAAUAUAUAUUUUUAUUUAAA